AUGAACCCUCCUGUGCCUGGCAGAUGCUGCAGAUAUUGGAUAUGCUGCAGAGUUGCAGAGGAUGCAGAUGCUGCAGGUGAUGCAGAUGUUGCAGAUGCUACAGAGGAUGCAGAUAUUGCAGAUGUUGCAGAGGAUGCAGAUGCUGCAGAUGAUGUAGAGGAUGAAGAUGACGCAGAUAUUGCAGAUGUUGCAGGUGCUGCAGAGGAUGCUGAUGGUGCAAAUGCUGCAGAUGGUGCAGAUAUUGCAGAGUUUGCAGAGGAUGCAGAUGUUGCAGAUGGUGCAGAGGAUGCAGAUGCUGCAGUUGCUGCAGAUAUUGCAGAGGAUGCAGAUGUUGCAGAUGCUGCAGAUAUUGCAGAUGCUGCAGAUGCUGCAGAGGAUGCAGAUAUUGCAGAUGUUGCAGAUGCUGCAGUUGCUGCAGAUAUUGCAGGUGCUGCAGAGGAUGCUGAUGGUGCAAAUGCUGCAGAUGGUGCAGAUAUUGCAGAGUUUGCAGAGGAUGCAGAUGUUGCAGAUGGUGCAGAGGAUGCAGAUAUUGCAGAUAUUGCAGAGGAUGCAGAUAUUGCAGAUGCUGCAGUUGCUGCAGAGGAUGCAGAUGCUGCAGUUGCUGCAGAUAUUGCAGGUACUGCAGAGGAUGCUGAUGAUGCAAAUGCUGCAGAUGGUGCAGAUAUUGCAGAGGAUGCAGAUGUUGCAGAUGCUGCAGAGGAUGCAGAUGCUGCAGAUGCUGCAGAGGAUGCAGAUGUUGCAGAGGAUGCAGAGGCUGCAGUUGCUGCAGAUAUUGCAGAGGAUGCAGAUAUUGCAGAUGUUGCAGAUAUUGCAGAUAUUUCAGUUGCUGCAGAGGAUGCAGAUAUUGCAGAGGAUGCAGAUAUUGCAGAUGUUGCAGAUAUUGCAGAUAUUUCAGUUGCUGCAGAGGAUGCAGAUGUUGCAGAGGAUGCAGAUGUUGCAGAUGUUGCAGAUGCUGCAGUUGCUGCAGAUGUUGCAGAGGAUGCAGAUGUUGCAGAUGAUGCAGAUGCUGCAGUUGCUGCAGAUGUUGCAGAGGAUGCAGAUGUUGCAGAGGAUGCAGAUGCUGCAGAUGUUGCAGAUGCUGCAGUUGCUGCAGAUGCUGCAGUUGUUGCAGAUAUUGCAGAGGAUGCAGAUGUUGCAGAGGAUGCAGAUGUUGCAGGUAUCAGGCAACAGCAUAUGAGUGAUGCUCCUUCCACAGGAAGCUUUCCUAACUGGAGAUCUAGACUGUCACCAACACGGCCUUCCACAGGAACUAAGACUCCCUCAGUGGCUGAUAUUUCUCUGGGGCAGGCUUUGGAGAAUGCAGACCUGCUCCAGAUGAUCAGGACAACGCUGACUGGAGCACGUGCCAGGACUCUGGAGCAGAUGCACCCGUCCCCCUCCCUGUACCAGGGCAGUGGCAGCAGCGCACCCCAGGAUGCUGCAGAGCUCUCAGCUGAGUCCCCUCUGAGGCCAUCCUCUCCAGAUGCAGAUGACACAGCUGCUCUAACAGGUUUGCCCCAGCUUGUGUUAUCUGGAGUAUCUUCUGGUGCAAUACCUACAGUAGAAACUUCAGAAGCAAAACCACUAACAAGAAAACCAUCUCCAGCUUCACCAGUGCCAGCUUCUCCCUUCUUUUCUCUAGGCACUGCAAACACACCUCUGCCAUCCGUGAUGGCUUUAAGCACACCCACACUAACAAAAAAUAUCACUGCCACCAAGCUGCCACCAGACCUGAGCUCAGCAGGAGCACAGGCAGAUGUUGCUUUUGCAAUGAGGAACGUGAGUGCCCCACCUCUGGACACGCCAGCUGUGCUCACAACCCCCAGCAGCAGCAGCACACCCGCAGCUUCCACACUGGCACCCACCAGGCAGAUAGAAACAGCAGAGUCUGACACCCAGAGGCCCCAGAGCUCAGACAGCACCCAAAGGCCACCCCCAUACCCCCUGACAAUGACAGCAGCUUUGGCAUCUAUUACAGCAUCAGCGAAAACAACUAGGCUUCCCCCUCCUGCAGCGGGACUCAGCCCUGCUCCUCCCGGCAGCGCCUUCGCCAACAUGACGGCAGCUCCCUCCCUGGACUGCAGGCUCUCUGCCAGCAUGAUGCUGAAAACAGUUCUGUUUCUGAACACAAGGAGGAUGAUGAUCAGCAAUGCCUUCAGGGACAGUGUGAGAAAAGGCCUCAACCAAGUGCUGAGACAAGCUUUCAACCAGAAUGUCAGUGCUCAGGUUGAAGUGCUGGAGCAGUCCAGCAACCUCACGGUUGGGUACUAUGUCACACGGGGCAGGCUGGUUUUCACCCCUGCUGCUGUCACAGAAAAGCUGCUGGCCUAUGGCAUUGCCAAUGCCACUGCAGACAUGAGGCAGCACGUGCCACACCUGCAAGCCCUGGUGGCCCUGGCCCUGCCCUGGCAGCCCCAGCCUGCCAUCCACUUCCAGCUGAAGACUGAGCUGCAGUUUGUGGGUCAAACAGACAAUAUCCAGUCAUGCAAAUUUGUUCAGACCAUGGAACAGAGGCUCCAGAGGGCAUUUCAGGAUGCUGAAAGAAAGGUCCUAAACACCAGCAACAACUUAACUGUUCAGAUUUUGAACACCUCCAAUGUCUCCCAAGCUGUCACUCUGUUUUAUGUAGUGAAAAAUCAAAGCACAACUCUAAAUGGCACUAUUUCCAGCAACCUUCUUAAUCAGCUGUCAGCUGAGCUGGUGGGUUUCUACCUCACCUACCCACCUCUCACCAUUGCUGAAUCUUUGGAGUAUCCAAACCUUGAUGUCUCGGAAUCAACUAGAGACUACUGGGUGAUAACAGUCAUCCAAGGGGUUGAUAUUGCCCUGCUGGGGCUGAACAACCAGAGCUUUGCCAGGCUGAUGGAGCAGCGCCUGGCCCCGCUGUUCAUGAUGUCCCACCAGCAGGGACGGCGGUUCCGCCGCGCCACCACCGUGGGCAGCUACACCGUGCAGAUGGUAAAAAUUCAACGUAUUCCAGGACCCAAGGAGCCAGCUGAACUGACAUAUUACACUUUAUACAAUGGGAAGCCUUUGCUGGGCACUGCAGCUGCCAAAAUUUUGAGUACAGUGGACUCCCAGAGGAUGGCCUUGACCCUGGGCUAUGUCAUCCAAGUUCAAGCUGAUCCUGUGGUGAAGAACCCCCCAAACAACCUGUGGAUCAUUGCAGCUGUGCUGGCUCCCAUUGCUGUGGUCACUGUCAUCAUCAUCAUCAUCACUGCAGUGCUGUGCAGGAAGAACAAGAAUGACUUCAAGCCAGACACCAUGAUGAACCUGCCCCAGAGAGCCAAGCCAGUACAAGGCUUUGACUAUGCCAAGCAGCACUUGGGUCAGCAGGGAGCAGAGGAUGAGGUUCUACCUGUGACUCAGGAGACUGUCAUCCUUCCACUUCCAGUCAGAGAUGCUCCUGCCUCCCAGGAGAGAGAAACCACCCAGGAUGGGAGCACCAUCAAAACUGCCAAGUCCAAUGAGACCAGGAAAAGCCCAUCCCCGAGCCAGAGCGGCUCCAUCCUCAGCAACGGCUCGGGGAAGCCCAGCUCGGGCAGGAGCUCCCUGCAGAAAGUGAUGGCACCGCAGAAAGGGGCCAAGGAGGAGGGCAGGAAGAGAAAUGGUUUUACAUCUUCAAAGAAAAUUGUGGCCGUGAGUGAUGAAGAGGAAGGAGGGAUUCUGUUUGACAGCGCUGCCAAGGCUGCCGCCGAUCCCUUCGACACCUCCUCGGGCUCGGUGCAGCUCAUCGCCAUCAAACCCGUGCCCCUGCCUGCUGCCCCAGAGGGGAGCCACCGCUCUGCCAUCACCAAUGGGGAGGUGAACAAGGCUUUGAAGCAGAAGUCUGACAUCGAGCACUACCGCAACAAGCUGCGCCUCAAAGCCAAGAGGAAAGGCUACUAUGACUUCCCCCAGGUUGAGAACAGCAAGGCACUGACAGACAGGAACAGGAUGUAUGAGAAAAACCACAAAGAGCUUGACCACGUUUUGGAUCCAGAUGCAGAUGUCUCAUCUCCUUUUGCUGAGCCUAAGAACAGGCAGCCACUGAAGAACUCAGUGUACAGAAGCAGGCAGUCCCUGAACAGCCCCAGCCCAGGGGAAACUGAGAUGGAUCUGCUGGUGACCCGGGAAAGGCCUCGCCGGGGCAUCCGGAACAGUGGAUAUGAUACGGAGCCCGAGCUCAUGGAGGAGACCAACGUGGACCGCGCCGAUCCGCGCAGCUACGGCCGCGCCCGCCCCGCGGCCAAGGGGCACUCGGAGACCUCGACGCUGAGCUCGCAGCCCUCCAUCGACGAGGUGCGCCAGCAGAUGCACAUGCUGCUGGAGGAGGCCUUCAGCCUGGCCAGCGCCGGCCACGGCGGCCAGCCCCGCCAGCAGGACGCCUACGGCUCGGCCCCGCAGCUGCCCUACGCCGAGGUGGUGACCAGCGCGCCGGGCACCAUGAGCCGGCCGCGGGCGGGCGUGCAGUGGGUGCCCGCCUACAGGCCGGAGCUGUACCAGUACAGCCUGCCGCGGCCGGCUUAUAGAUUUUCUCAGCUUCCUGAGAUGGUGAUGGGCUCUCCACCCCCUCCUGUCCCUCCCAGAACAGGUCCUGUGGCUGUUGCCUCUCUCAGGAGGUCUACAUCAGAUAUUGGCAGCAAAGUGAGAAUACCUGAGUCCAGUGGAGCAGAUCAGGCCCAGCAUCAUGACCAGACUCCUUUUGCAGCGGGUUCCAGAGCUCCCAUGUCUGUUGGUCCACUUGAUCAAUCAGCUUUUCACUCAGGAAAUACAGUCCCAGCAGUGUUUGCCAUUCCAGCAAACCGACCUGGCUUCACUGGCUACUUUAUCCCAACUCCUCCCACUGCCUACAGGAACCAAGCCUGGAUGCCCUAUGCUGGGGAGAACGAGUUGCCAGGGCAGUGGGCAGACUCUGUGCCGCUCCCCGGCUACAUCGAGGCGUACCCGCGGCCCCGCUACCCGCAGAGCUCCCCGAGCCGCCUGCCCCGGCAGUACAGCCAGCAGGGCAGCCUGCACCCCAGCCUGGAGCAGGCUCCCCUGGCCUCCGCCGCCGCCUCCCAGCACAGCCUGGCCGACAACGAGCCCGCCGACGCGCCGCUCACCAACAUCUCCACCGCCGCCCUCGUCAAGGCCAUUCGGGAAGAGGUGGCCAAGCUGGCCAAGAAGCAAACGGAUAUGUUUGAGUUCCAGGUCUAGCACGACUUCUGUGAGCAGCGUUGGUGUCUUGACCGCCUGGGGUAGCCAAGGAAGCAACUCCUUCGAUUUUCAGCUACGAUCUUCCUGUAAAUUGUGCCAAAGCGGUGGCAUUUUAAUCUGUCUGAAAAGUCAACACUAGGGAAUGACUUCCAGCAGAGCAACGGGACUCUGAAGAUGUGAAAUUCCACUUCCCAGCUAAGGAAAAGCUGCCAGGAAACUGUUUCAUACUGAUGAGAUCAACCAUAUGCAAUCCUUUGUCACUUUGCUCUCGUAUUAUGACCCGUCAUCACUAAAGAUGCUGCUGAAUGUGUCUGUGCCACAAGAAGUUUCAUUUGCAGGCCCAGAGGUAGAGCUGCUGAGAAUAACUCCUGCAUGCCAAAACUUUGAUUCAAGAAGAAAAAACCUGCAGAGCAGGUUUUGCUGAAGGCCACGGUUGGCGUGGCAGUGGCCACGUUAAUUGUUCGCUGUGGGACGUUGUAUAAGGGGUGCUGAUUUCAGCAAUGCAGUCAUUCCAGCCCUUUCAUCCCAGAGACUGUAUUCAAACCAAAAGGAUUCAAGAUGAUUAGGUAAUUCAAAUAGAAGCCCUGUAAAUAGCUCCGUGUCUCUUCAUCCUAUUAACAGUACAAGGAAGUGAAGGAAGAGAGGACUGUGAAGAAGGUGAAUGGCAUUUUGAUAAUUGGUGGCUACCUUGUCCCUCAGUGCCACUGAGGAGAUUUUUUUUUCAGCCUGAGAGAAUACAAUGCAUGAAGAGCCAGCAAAGGACAUUGGUGCUAAAAGCUUCCAAGAGAAAUGAAAAAAGGUUAUUCGUGUUCCCUCUAUAAUCGGGCUUGUCACUCUGAAUGCAUGUGAAGCUGGUAAACCUGAGACCUUUAAAUCCUUCCAACCUGGAAAAAUAAUUCCACCUGCUUGGACAAGGAAACCCCUGUUCAACACAGUGCUUUUUUUCUCUUUCUUUAACAAUGCUAUCUACUAAAGUGAUGCCAGAAAAAGCUGCAGUGGAUUUUGAUUACGCUGGCACAGUGAAUGCACACCCAGGAAGUUCUGAAUGUAGAGGACCUAAUGACUAUAUUAAUAUGUAAAUAAGCUAACAGUUACAUGGAUUAACAAAAAUGCUAAUGUUCUGUGAAAAAGAGAGCAUUGCCAGAAAUGAUGUUGACUUUGUAUUGUGCAAGAUAAAGGUCACUGAUUGUUACACUGCGUUGUGGUAGGAAUCCAAUCCCAGAAGGAAAUCAAACCACUUGGAUGGGACAGUAGUUGAUAUUUUGCAGUUGUACAAACUAGUUGGAGAUCAUGAACAAUUGUUUUCAGUUCCUUCAGCAAUUAGCUUCAGGAACUGAAGUUGUUGCAAAAUUUGUUGUGUUGGGCGUGUUUGAUGUCAACUGGAGUUCAAGGUAAUGUCCUUCAUUUCAGUGGGUUAUUUAGUUAUCCUCAAUUACUCUUUUGUCUGAUCAUUUCAUUUCUCUGAGUUUCUUUGGUCUUAACUGAUGUGGGAAAGGGAACUUGGUUUAGCUUUUUGGCCACCAGUAAAUUGAGAGAAGGAGAGAGAAGACUAGAAUAGGGGAUAGAAGAAGAAGAAAUAGAUGAAGCACAAACUUUUAAAGCAGAGCUAUUUUCCCCCCCUAAUAAUUACAUUAUAAACCCUGACUGAGACUCUGAUGCAUAAUUAUCCUAGAAUAUACAGACAUCUUCUGCUCCAAUACCUUGAAUAUUGCAGAAGCGUUUGGAAUGCUAGUUAAUCUUUCAAUAAAUGUGAAAUUUCAUUUUUAUUAUUUAAAAUCAGAUAUAAAUAAAAUGUAUUUUUGUAAUCUCUAUGUAUAUAUGUGCUGUAUAUUUAUAUAAGUGACUAGUCUGCUAUAGUCAGAAAAUUUCCAUAAACUAAGUUGAAAAAGAAAAAAAAAAAAGAAAGAAAAAAUCCCUGGUAAUUUUACUGAUCAAUAUAAAAGUGCUGUGUCUGGAGAACACAAAUAUACAAUUGGGUGACUUGGAUACUAAACAACCAAAGAAACUCAACUUUUCAUGUAAAUGCAAGUCUAGUAAAGGCUGACUGCUGUCUCAGUUACCUGUCAGCCAGAUAAUACUGAUAUUAUCAGUGUAGUACAACACAGCCAAAUUGGGUCGAAUUAAUAGCUGGCUAAGAGCAUCACACUUUAGAGUAACAACUGAAAAAAUACUCAAACUCAGUGUGCCACAGAAAGACUGGUUCUGGUUGGCUUCAGUGGGAAUUUCACUCACUGAGAGCAAGGCUGAGUUUUGCAUCAGCUUUUUAAUCUCAUUUUAGAAUGAUUCUUCUACACAGCCCAGUGAAAUUUUGCAAGUAAGUGGGCCCUUCUAAGCAAUGAGGGUGAAAUGUGCUGUGUAAUAAAUUUCUCUAGCUUACACUCCAGUUUUGCAGAGUUAUCCUGGGGCUGAAAUGAUGGAAGCAGCCACGAUCCCAUGGAUGGGCUCGUUGAAGCCAUAGAGGUGGGAAGGAUAAUGUAACAAUAUAUUCCAAAAAAAAAAGUCACAGGAAACAGGGCAUUCCAGUUUUAAACAGCAUCUUUUGGGCACUUAACUCUGCUUGUAGGUCUGUUCCCAUUCUUAAAUUUUAGCAAUUUAAUAGCUCUAUUGAAAAAUAUGUGAGGGUAAAGUCUCAUAUAGCUUAACACGGUGAAUCUUGUAUCUUGCCAUACUGGAAACUAAAAGCUUUGGAAAAUACAGACAUGUCCAGGGUUUGCAUGUCUGUAGAAAGUGGAAAACCUCCAAAUAAAAGCAUUUAAAUAGCCUUCAAGAAAGAAAAAGACAUUUCAGUAAAGUUAAACAAAGUACUCUUCAUACUUCUGAGGAAGACCUGUUUAGAGUUUCAAAAUUAAUUUUGUUUGGUAUUAUUAUGGAUGAUGUGCAGUCUACUGAAUAUUUCCUGAACCAUCACUCUGAAACCAUUGUGGUGCACUUUAUUGAGAAAACCAUCUUACAUUCUUCAUUCAUGAUGCCUUUUUAUCCUGUUUGUAAUAUGUUUCUGUAUUUUUUUUUUAAGCAUAAAAUAAGAUUAUAUCAAGACAGUUAGGACAUUCCUGGGAAAGAAAAAUCAUGCUGUAAUAUUUAUACUGUCUGAGCACAAAGCAAUGAUAAAGUGAAAAUAUAGUGUAAAAAUAAUUUGUAAUAUAAUAAACAUUUUGUAUGGCUACAAUUACAAUAUAGUUUUUCAAUACUGAUUUCAAAGAAGAAAAUAUUUGUGUUUAAGGUCAUAACCUCAUCCAGAUAUAUCCAUGCCAUUUUUACUGAGAACAAAGUAGUAAUUUAGCUUUUUCUACUCAAUGCCCCAAUUUUCUUUAAAGAUAUGUUAAAUGUGUAGGUGAAAGUGCUGUUUACUGUGUACAUAAAAUCUUGAUGUUCUGUCUUCAGACUUGUAAAUCAUCAGUAGAAAAGUUGCAAAUGAAACAACAUAAAAUUCCUUCUUGGUACCUGUGUGCUCACCACCUUCAGCUGGAAAACCACGUGAGACAUUUAUUGGUAUCAGUAGAACAGUAACUUUUAAAGGAUAAAAGGGAAUUUGUUGGCAAUCAUUUCUUGACAUAUUAUCUGUAUUGGAGAGAAGCUCUAGCACUCAGUCUAAAAAUAUGAGUAAUAUUUGUAUGUCAUAAUAUUAAGGGUAGAGCUCAAUAGAAGUGCAUGCAAACCCUCUAUAUAGAAAUGAGGAUAUUAUCUUAAGAAAUGAUCAUUUCUUUUUCAGACUCUCUUUGAAAGAUGAGGAGUGGAAGAUAAAAAUGAGAGGCAGGUAGAAAAUACAACACUGGGUUGAGUUGGAGAAUUAUUUUGUUUAAGUCAUAAAGGCAAAGCUGGUCAAUAUUGCAGUACCUCUCCUGGGAAUAACUGCAUAGCACAAUGUGCUUUAGGUCCUGAUUUUAAAAAUAGCUGAAAUGCCACCAAAUCAUACAAUAUUUCAUGCUUUUUAAAUCACCUUAAAACCAUAUUCAUAUGAAUAUUGUAUCAUAUUCACAUAUGUAUAUAUACACAUGUGUGUGUGUGUGUCAAAAAAUAUUUUUUCAAAACUGUUUCUAUUUGCCCAUUAAUUUGUCCCCAUUCAUUUCAGGUUCCUUAAGGGGUGCAGAGGCAGUAAUGAAGAGAUAAAUCUCAGAGUUGUUCUGUUAUGAAGCUCAUGAAGGAUGAGAAAUGGCCUUUAAGUACUUAGGUGGUCAAAUGAUAUCUUGAAAAUAAUUAAAAGUAUCAUGAAGAGGUGUUUCAGGCAUUUGAUUUUUUUUUUUAAUUUGUUAAAAAUAAUUGUUUUUUUAAGAAGCCUGGCUUCAUGAAUUUUCCACAAGCCCAAGGAAUAAGUUGUUACCAUAAUUUUGUAAAUAAUUUUGUAACUUUAUAAACGCACAUUUACCUGCUGGGCAGUAAAGGGUGCUAAGGGCUGUAAAUCACAAAGAAAGGAGAUUCCACUGAGUACAAUAUUUAGAGAGCAGUGAAUUUCUCUUCCAAAGUAUUCCCUCUUCACUGGUGCCCAGAGCAUUUCUGUGCUGUGUAAACCAGGCUUAACUCCAUAACCAACAGUGGCAUCAGUUCAGGUCUUGUGUAUCUGCCAAGGACAUCUGGAUGUAAGUAAACUUGAAGUUUAUUCUUUAUCCCUGUCUUUAUCUAAUACUCUCCAAGCUGAAAUGAGGAAAAAACCCAAACACUUUAUCCUGCAUCAAACUUUAGUAUUUCUCUCCAUGACAAAGAAACUGGGGAGGCUUUUUCAUUUCAUUCUGGUGUUGACUUCUGCAAGCUGUAUUCAAUGUCAUACUUGAUAGGAAAAAAAACAAAAGUGUGAAGCCAAGAAUUUUGGAAAAUAUUAUAGAACCCAUCUUGCCCAGGCAUAACUUUUGAUGCAGGAUUUAGAAACACAACAGAAGCAGCUCAGGCCCAACAAAAGGAGCAGUUCUGGGCAGUUCUUUGGGUCUCAUCAGAAAACAUGUUUGUCCAGCACAGAUAUUCCUAUGCUUCUUGACUUUUUAUUUUCAUUUAAUGUCUUUCCUGCCAUCACUGUGCAUUAUGGAUUUGAGUUUUACAUUGUGUAGACAAAGAAGUGCACUCUUUGCCUCCCUGAUAGGCAGAAUUUUUAAAUAUUUAAAUUUUUAAAUAGCCAUGUGUCUUGGUUUGAAAGACAAAUGAUUGCUAAGAAAGGCAGGAGCGCCUCUCUUGAAGUGGAAAAUGUAAACCCCCUCCCUCCAAAUUAUUAUAAUUUUGAAAUUAAGGGGCUCUCAGGCAAAGAUAUGGGAAUUAGGAAUAACAGUUCUUUACUAGGAAAAUUAAAAUAGAAAUGCAGUAUUACACAGAACAAUCCCAAACCCUGCCAGAGUCAGAAUCCAAGCUGACACCCGUCAGUCAGUCAGGGUGUUGGCACAGUCCCAUUCAAUGGUGGCUGCAUCCUCCUGCAGUGGCAGAUGUGGUUCAGCUGGAGCAGUGCUCCUGGAGAAGGUGCAGUUUCCUCUGAAGCUCCAGGGAUGAUGUGCAAAGGUCUGGCUUUCCUCUGGAAUCCAGUGGAAAGAAGGUGCCUUGGUGUCCAAAAUGUCAGUUUUUAUCUGGGUAGGAAAGGCUUGGCUCCUCCCCUGGCUGGAGCAUCUCCCAGUGGGAUGAUGGAAUUUUAUCAGUCAUGCCCUGGGACUCACUGGCCAUUAACAGGAGACAUCUCCUGGAGGGAGGAUGGGAAUGUGGGAAAGAUAAAGUUGAUUGCCCCAGCUGGUUUUUAAAGCUGGUGAUAAAAUCCAUACUUCUGGUUACAUCCUGCUUUGCAAGCCAAAACACCAUGGCAUUGCAUGGCUUCAGCCCAUCUCGUGCUUUGUGUGUUCUCCUGUUAUUGUUAAGGGAAAACACAUCUGUAGGUAACAUUUUCCACUGAAAUUAGUGGCAAAACACCUGCUGAGGACUGAGCCAGCACCCACCCAGUAAAUUAGCCAUCACAAGUGUCUUGAAAUUGUGCCAAGAGAGGAAGGAUGCUGUCUGGUUUUGGGUGGUAGGAAAUUGGGAGAUGGAAGGUCAGUUUGCUGUUCUUCAGGAUUUUGAGUUGGUCCAAAAUGUGACUGCCUCAGUGUCCCAUCUGUAGGGCAGGGUGAAGGGACUGCCUCUCCUCACUGAAACUCCAACCCUGGACUGCAGUGGAUACUUUAGUGAGAAGCAUUAUUUAUUACUUCAUGAAGUUUUGGGAAUUGAUCAGGACUGUAAAUUACCUGUUCCUAUGGUACCAUUUUAAUAGACGUGAAUUUACAAGGAAAAAAAAAACCACCUCUUGAUAAUAUUUCAGUACAUUCUAGGAAGCCUUUCCAACAACAGCCUCUACACUUUUUUACAGAGAUUUACAGAAUUUAUAUCAAUAAAACCAUCUUACCUCCCAGGCAACAGUCUCACUUACCAAGGAAAUGAACUUUUCUUACAUCUUUAAAUUAUGGAAAGGACUAGCUCUGCAUGAUACAAAUAUCCAUGUUAUCUUUGGUGUUCACAGCUUGAUCCAACUGAGUUGUAAUGGCUGUGUCUGUGAAACUUGCUCAAAAUUUACAAGUGUUUCAGCUGUAAGUGGGAAAAUUAAAUUUCUGAAGCUGCAAAGUUGAGAGCAAAUUUAAAGCCGAGUCCAGGGAUUAAAUCGAGAGAAUAAGAAAGUAAAUAAUUAAAAUUUUAUACUAUGCAAUCAGAAGGAAAAUCUCCAAGACCUGUUAUGUGAAACUACGUGCCGAUGGUAGAAUUUUACAUAUGACUGAAAAGGAGGGAUUCAAAAUGUUCUGGGUCAUUACCAAAUGACUGUUUUUACUCUGAGCCAUAGGGUGAUUCUAGAAAUAAAGCUUAUGAGUACAUAGAACAGUUCCUUUCAUGUUAGUGGCUGUAGCUUAGCUGAAAUUGUACACGUGUUUUCCUUGGCAAUUUUGCACAUGAAAUAAAAUG